AUGAAAAUUCAACGUAAUAGCUUGCUUGCCAAGCAUGUCCGCCUCGACGGCCGGCGCCUCACCUAUCGCCAUAUUUCUGGACAGGCCUUCGCCCGGAGGCAGCGAUCCGUUGUGGUCGACGAAGAGCAGCAGUCCAAGGCGAGGAAGGUAUUCGAUUUUUGCAAAAUCGCCAUCCUUGUUAUCCUGUGGUGCCUCUUCACCUUCGUGAUCCUGACCAAUCCAGGGGCUCAGGUCCGGCUCAGGACCAUCGCAGUGAUGCCCAACGAGAGCUUUGUGAGCGUCGUAAAGCCCACGUGGAGCAUGGUGAAGGUCACCGUCCGGGGCGCCAUAAACCCGAAGUUCAGCAAGAACGCGGCGGAGGACGGCGAAAUGGGACUGCGGAUAGAGUGGCGCGACUCCGACUUGAACGAGACCCAUUUCCAGACGCCAAUGUGGUGGAUCAGCAUGGCCGAUGAUGACGGGAAGUUCGACUCGGAUAGCAACCACUUCAAGAUGCCACCCUCGCCGGCGCCGGGCGCCAAGGUGGUGAUUACCAUCGAGAACAGGAGGGACAAGCCAUCGUCCAUGGUGGUGGAGUUCAACUCCUUUCCCAACAUCAUCGAGUGGGGCAUCGUCUGCGCCAUUGUCAUGCUCCUGACCCUGCAGAUCCUCAUUAUCUGGGAGCUGAUAGACCGCGCCUUUGCCGCCCUCCUCCUGGCCUGCACAGCCGUGGGAGUCCUGACGCUGAUGGCCAACCGACCAUCCCUAGAAGUAAUGAUGUCCUGGAUCAAUUUCGAGGCUCUGAUGCUGCUCUUUGGGCUGAACCUGGUGGUGUCCAUAAUGACCGAGGCCGGAGUCUUUGAAUAUGUGGCCAUGACGGCGUACAAACAGUCCCGGGGUCAGCCCUGGCCUUUCGUUCUGAUCCUCUGCUCCUUUACAGCGAUACUGGCGGCCGCUCUGAACUGCGACCUCGUCGUCUUCGUGAUGAGUCCCCUUGCGAUUCAGUUGUGCGAACUGAUGGGCAUCAAUGCCCAGCUGGUGAUGAUGAUCCUGGUAAUGUCCGCCAAUCUGGGUGGCACCCUGACGCCCAUCGGCCAGCCACCUAACAUCAUCUUGGUCUGCGACUAUUCCGUGCAAUACCAUGGCGUUGUAUUUUUCAAUUUUGUACUUCACAUGCUGGGCGGAGUGGUGGUGUCCCUCAUCGUAUUCUUCCUCCUGGUUCGAGUCAUCUAUCGGAACACGCUCUUUGAACUGAACGAUGCACAGAAGGAGCUGGAGCCCCCGGCCAUCACUAAUGAUAUAAAGAUCAUGGCUGCCAUACUGAUGGACAAGGACACUAGCAAGUCCCCCUUCAAGACGGCGGAUAACUAUUACGAAAACCUGGUCAUGAUGCAGGAGAACUUCGUGGUUCAGAAGAAGUGGCUCUUUAUCAAGUGCAUGAUAGCCUUGGCCUUCGCCUUCCUCCUCUACAUCCUGAACUCAAUUGCGGGCCUGGCCCCAGGGGCCUCUUUAGGUUGGGCCACUAUUUUAGCCUCCUUUCUGCUACUGAUCCUGGCCAGCUCCAUCAGCUUCCUGCAGAUGAUGGACCGGGUUCAGUUCUCGCUCCUGCUCUUCCUCGCCGGCCUGUUCGUCCUGGUCGCCGCCGCCGACGAACUGGGACUGUUUGGCUGGAUCGAGGUAACGAUCGUUGGCCAACUUCAGCAGUUUGAUGAGAGUCACCGCUUGGGUUUAACCACGCUGGCCUUUCUGCUGUUCAGCGCCCUUCUCACCCUCUUCAUUGACAAUGCCGGCGUUACCAUAUUCAUGAUGAGUCUCCUCCGCCACCUGAACGCGCACGGUGAUGGCCAUUAUCCGCUGACGCCGCUGAUCUGGGGCGUGGCGUUUGGUGCCUGUUUCGGGGGGAAUGGAUCCCUGAUAGGCGCCUCCUCCAACGGAAUCACGGAGCUCAUAGCCCGCGGCCACGGCUACCGGAUGACCUUCUGUAGCUUCUUCGUAUUUGCUUAUCCUCUGAUGCUGGUCACCCUGGUGAUUGCCAUUAUUCACCUGUCGAUUUGUCACCUGGCUUUUAAUUGGCACUAG